AUGAUCCUAGAGAUGCCGAUGCCGGCACGGAUGUGUUGGUGUAGGUGUGAAAGUACCACCAUUUUGGCCAGAGGAACCCACUUGGACUGGUUCGCUCAAGUCGAAAGCCAGUUCACGUUAUCUCGAAUAACAACCGACGAGACUAAGUUUUGCUAUUUAGUGGCUCAAUUAGAUCACCAAUAUGCAGCUGAAGUAAAAGACGUAAUUACUAAUCCGCCUGUAACAGAUAAAUAUUUAAAACCUAAAAACGAGCUCAUUAAACGCCUAUCUGCCUCAAAGGAGAAACGCGUAAAGCAACUUAUAAUGCACGAGGAGCUAGGCGACCGAAAACCAUCACAGUUCCUACGUCAUCUCGAAGGACUGGCAGGUCCAUCAGUCCCUAAAAAUUUUUUAGCCACUUUAUGGUCUAGUCGAUUACCUCAGACAAUUCAAACAGUAAUUGCUUCGCUGAUAGAUCUACCGUUAGAGAAGCUGGCAGAAUUGGUCGACAAGGUGCAUGAAAUUGCUCCAUCAACACCGCAGAUAGCAAGUACAUCUUCUAAUACUUCAUCUUCUUCAUACGAUGACUUGGCGACAAAAUAA